AGAUGGUUGUGAUUAUCACUUAGAUCAGAUAAAAGAUAAUUAGGGUUUACAAACGACAGCCAAACAUAACUUACUAUCAUUUUUUAGCCGUCUCUCUCUCUGUUCGGCUUGGUUCCUUUUCGGCGAAUAUCGUAUCAGGUAGACGCCUUCACUUUGCAACGUUUCGUUGGCAUGUGCUCUCUGUUGAUGGUGCGGCAUGUCUAACGAUCUAGCAUCACAAUCACUGUCUAUGUCAAGCAACCAAAUGGGUCAGAUGGAACCCAUUUCAAUCAAAUUUGACCCAUCCAUACAGACUGGAUUAAUGGGAUCAGGUACCUGUGGUUCGCUACAGCAAGUGUCAGUAACAAAUGCGCAAGCUGCACCACUGGGAUCAGGUUACAGUGUUUCUGCAUCACAACAAAUGGCAGUUUCAAAUAUGCAAAUGGGGAUGUUGCUGCCCGUGUCGAACAAUCAUGGGUCUGAGAUAUUGCCAAUGUCAAACCAACUUACCUUUAAAAUGGAACCCCAUUCAUAUAGUCUGGUGCAGCAGCAGUUUGUUCUACCAAACAAGCAAAUGGGUGGGCUUGGAACAAUGUCAAAUAAUAUAGCUUCACAGCAGCUGUCAUCAUUGAACAAGCGAAAAGCACCUGUUGAGCCAGUGGCCAACAAUUCUGUUCUACAGAAGUCAUUGACGUCUAAUAAGCGGGUGGCACAACCAGAACAUAGGCCAUGGUUACAGCUAACAUCUGGAUCUGAUAGAAGAGUUCUACAGCAGAUGCAAUUCAUUGCUAACUCUCCAGGAUCACAGAAUUCACCAGCUCUAAACAAGAAAGUAGUACCAAAGGAAUCCACUGCUAGUAAACCUGGGCCACGAAAGCAAUCGAUCCCGAAAAGUCUAAAUACACCUUUGCAACCAUCGCCAAAGGUGAGUACUGAGUCAUAUGAAUCUGUGAGGUCAAAGAUGAGGGAAUCAUUAGCGUCUGCACUGGCUUUGGUUUCUCCGCAGCAAGAUAAAUCAUUUAAGGAGGAAAAGAAUGGUCAGAAUGAAGCUGAAAAUAUCCUGAGAAAGACAGAAGAGAACUCUCAAACAGCUGGAUCUGCAUCCUCUGCUUCAGAUGCUGUGGAGCCUGUAUCUGAAGAGCAAAAGGAAACAUUACCUUCUCAAGAAGAUUCCUCUGCUCCUAUGUGCCUUGAUAACCAAAAUGCAUCUCAGGGGUAUUUUGCUAAUGAGAACAUCAUUAAUGGUUUGCAGAUGUCAAAAUCCAAGGGGCAGGAAUUUCAAUUUGCUAGUUUUUUGCCUGACGAGGAUGUUUCAUUUAGUGACAACUUUUUUGCCAGAGAUGAACUUUUGCAGGGAAAUGGGCUCUCUUGGAUUUUUGAGCCAAUACAGGUUGAAGUAAAGGAGAUUCAAUCUGCGGUGAAGGAAGUAGGCGGAGAUAGAGAUGGGGCAGAGCAGCAGUCUGAUCUAUCUCCCCAAAUUUUGGCUUCUAAAAUUGAAGCCGAACUUUUUAAACUAUUUGGAGGCGUGAAUAAGAAGUAUAAAGAGAAGGGCAGAUCACUUUUAUUCAAUAUAAAGGACCCUAGUAAUCCUGAUCUGAGGGAAAGAGUUAUGUCUGGAGAGAUUUCCCCAGAACGCUUAUGUGGUAUGUCACCGGAGGAACUUGCCUCAAAAGAGCUUUCACAGUGGCGGAUGGCAAAAGCAGAAGAGUUGGCUCAAAUGGUUGUUUUGCCUGAUGAAGUUGAUACUCGGCGGUUGGUGAAGAAAACGCAUAAGGGUGAGUUCCAAGUCGAAGUUGAACAAGUUGAUGCUGGUUCUGCAGAUGUAUCUGUUGGGGUGAGCUCACUUGCUCAAGUUUUGUCAAAAGCCAACAAGAAAGAAGUUUCUUUUCCUUCUAAAGCUGUUGGAAAGAAGGACAAGUCAGAUGCUGCAGCAGCUGACAAAAAGAGUAAUCUUGAAGACUGGAAAGGUCCAUGGUCCAUUGCUAGUCCAUCAAAUGAGGGGACUGAUUUGAUGGAAGGGCUUAUGGUGGAUAAUGAACUGAAGGAUGCAAAAUUUCUUCCACCAGUUGUCUCUCUUGAUGAAUUUAUGGAAUCACUUAACAAGGAACCACCAUUUGAAAAUUUACCUGUGGAUGCUGAGAAAUCAACAGCAACUUUGGACGGGGAUGACUCAAAAGUUGAUUCUGAAUCAAAGUCUCCUGUUCAAACGCCAGCUGAUCCUGUUGAUAGCACACCGGCUAAACCUGAUAAUGUUGAUUUAAAAAGUACAGAUUCAAAGGCUGAUGCAAAGCCUGGUGACAACAUUGUAAAAUCAGAAACUACGCCUUCUAUUUUUGUACCCAAGGGUGAGCUUGUUUGGGAUGGCUUACUUCAGCUGAAUAUCUCAGCAAUGGCCUCGGUCAUAGGCAUCUAUAAAAGUGGUGAAAAAACUUCUGGGAAGGAGUGGGCCAACUUCCUUGAGAUCAAGGGGAGAGUUAGACUUGAAGCAUUUGAGAAGUUCCUCCAACAGCUUCCAAUGUCCCGGAGUCGGGCUGUAAUGAUCCUUCACUUCGUUGGGAAGGAAGCUUCCCCGAAAACCGAACAUGCAAGUCUAUCUGAGGUGGCUGAUUCGUAUGUAUUGGAUGGGAGAGUGGGCUUUGCUGAGCCAGCCCCUGGAACUGAGCUUUAUCUCUGUCCACCGGACAUUAAGACACGCGAAAUGCUGAGCAGAGUCCUCCCUGACGACCAACUUGAGACGAUUAGUGUUAUUGAUAAUGGGCUAAUUGGUGUUGUUGUAUGGAGAAAAGCACCAUUAACGUCGACAAUAUCACCCAACUCAGCUUCUUCGCACCAUAAGCACACCUCUAAGAAAUACUAUACUUCUUCUAGGAGACACCAAGAUAAGAAUACUAACAUGAAUGUUAAUUUCACACCAAAAUCUUCUUCCAUUUCCCUGAGCAGAGCAACCUCUGUCUAUGCCAGAUCAUCUAACAACGACGAUGAUGAUGAUGAUGUUGAUGUCCCUCCUGGUUUUGGCCCUCCGGCCAGCCGGGAUGACGAUGACCUUCCUGAGUUUAAUUUUUCUGGUGGUUCUACACCAAACCCCCUUCGGGGUGUAGUAGGAAUGACACAUUUUCACCCACAUUCUCAGACCCCAUCUCGUCCUGUAGAUCAGAUGAGGGAGCUUAUACACAAAUAUGGACAGCCCCAGGGUUCUCCCUCUUUAGAGAAAAGAGGUGUUGGGGUUGGAAUUCCGGCAUGGAAUAACAAUGAUGACGAUGAUGACAUUCCAGAGUGGCAGCCACAGGCUCCACAAAACCAGCCUUCUCAAUACCCAGUACAAGUCUAUCAAUUGCAUUCUCAUCAACAAUUUCGCCAACCAAAUGUUCCCGAAAUGAAUGUAAUGCAGCCUCAACAAAAUGCAUCUCAUUUAUGGGCACAUGGUGGCCACUACAUGGCUCCGCCACCAGUGGCCCAGGCCCCUGUUUGUCAGCCCAGUGGAGGAGCGCAACUUUACGGCGUGGGGCAGCCAGAGGUGUCCUGGCGGCAAGAUGCUGCCAAGAGCAGGGGCUUUUGAAUAAUUAUUCCUGUAAAUUUUGUUCAACUUUUGUAGCCGCUUGUCGUGGAAAUGUAUUCUUUUUAGUUUUUAUAGCAAAACUUAAAACUAUUUUCUUUGAUCA